CCAGCCACCUAAUACACGCUUUUAUCGCCUUUAAACCAUUCCGAAUGCGCAUUAACUUGUCAACUGGGAUAACUGUGGAGGCUGAGUUGACAUCGCCGUCAGGUACCGGUCCAAGCCACGCUAAUGGUGGAAAUAAUUUGGCGAUAUUCCUUCAUCCAUGGCCGUGGCUAGGAGGCUGUAUGCAGGAUCCAGUCGUAUCCUUGUUGAUGGAUGUCUUUGAAGCGCACAGGUCUCAUUAUUAUCUCUUGCGCUACAACUCUCGAGGAGUCGGCAAGUCUUCAGGCUGGCCGUCAUUGACCGGUUUAAGUGAAGGAGAGGACCUAAGAGCACUCGUGCAAUGGGCGCUUGGAACCGUUGGGAAUAUCAAAUCCCUCGUCAUUGUGGGUUAUUCUCAUGGCUCGCUCAUUGCCUCUCUGCAUCCCACACUACCCUCAACCUCAACCAAAGUUUCUCACAUCCUUUUGUCUUAUCCACUCGGGCCCAGAGGGUGGCUGACAGCUUUCCGUUCCAGUACAUAUGAUUCAGCCUUGAAGGAUCUUCUCUCCAGUCCAGAAGCUCGUGCACUUGUUGUAUUCGGAGAUCAAGACGACUUUACCAGUGCCUCAAAGUACGAGCGCUGGACUGAGGAAUUGCGGACGUUAACUGGAACCGAUGCCCAACGUUUAGAGAUUGUUCGCGUUGAUGGUGCUUCACAUUUCUGGAGAGGCCGGGAUGAACGUGUCCUUACUGCUGCGGUGGAGCGAUGGUUGCAGGGGCGACAGUAAAUUCCGUAAGUUUGAGUAGGUCGGAAUCUGAAUCCUAUCCACGGCUGCUCACCAGUAAAUCAAUGCGCUAUUAUAGCGGCUGUCUAUACAAGUGUAAGACUUAAAAGCAUCCUCUUAUUAUAUCUUACGAGGAUUGUCAUGAGCCAUAUCUUCAAUACAUUCUUGUGUAACGAGUUCAGCUGAUUUUGAUUACUUAUUUAAAAAUCAUCAGAACUAGACCUGGAUAUCGAAUGAUGAGCCC